AUGAAGAUACUGAACAAGUUCUCAAUGCAAAAUUGCAAGGCUACAAGUACUCCAAUUGCUAUAGGAGAGAAACUAUCGAGCCAUGGCAAUUUUGAGCAAGUAAAUGAAUCUGUUUAUAGAAGCUCGGUUGGUUGUUUGUUUUAUUUAACUGCCACUAGACCAGACAUUAUGUUUGCUGUCAGUUUACUCUCAAGAUUCAUGCAUUGUUGCAAUGAGAAGUACUUUCAAGCUGCCAAACGAGUGCUUAGAUACAUCAAGGGUACUUUAAGCCAUGGAAUGCUAUUUAACAAGGCUGAAAGUUUGAAACUUUUUGGAUACACAGGCAGUGACUGGGGAGGUUCAAUAGAUGACAUGAAAAGCACAUCAGGGUAUGUCUUCACCCUUGGCUCAACUAUCUUUUACUGGAGUUCAAAGAAACAAAGUGUGGUUGCUCAGUCCACUGCUGAAGCUGAAUAUGUAGCAGCUGUUGGGGCUGUAAAUCAAGCCAUAUGGCUAAGGAAGAUCUUAGAUGACCUCAACUUACAUCAAGAAGAAGCAAUAUGGAUCAUAUGUGACAAUUAA